UAAAUAUACACUCAACCUUGCAAACAACACGGCGUCUAGGGAAUAUUUCAUACUUGAUGACCGUUCCUAAGUUAUUUGCGGUUUUACAAUGCUCCCCUGUAUCCACGUUAAAGAUUAUACCUGGCAUGUCAGGGCGUUUGCAAUAAAACACUUAAUUUCUUCACCAUUUUAAAUUUUCCUGUCUGUACAUCAUCAUGACUUCUGGAGGAGUUUCUCUCAUCAAUAUGUCAUAUUGGGAGAGUGGGAGGAGGAGGAUACGAUUCUUAUAUCUUACAAACAAUAACUCGUUUAACGUUAUUAAACCAAGCACUAAUGAGGAUGAGAUGAUCCCUCUCUUUCUUGGAGCUGAUCUGUUCUCAGACACAGACGUUCGCAGUGAAAACCAACCCAGAUACCAUGCUAAAUAUGCUAAACGAGGGUUGGCAACUAAACUGGUUUUCUCAUCAGACUUCAGAUUCCAAGGGCUGCGACUUCCUUGUUCCAGCAACAGUCUGUGGUUCUAUAGUGUUCAAGGGGUUUUUCGAGUGGCAUUUGAACUGUAUAACAAACAAGACCAGCUCUCAAUCAUGGAGUCAUUUCAGGAUCUAUGGAAAUCUCGAAUAAAUGACAACAACUUAAACAUGACCUAUCAUCUUGGUGCCCAGCAUGUUCAACCCCAAAAUGAUCAAGAGGCACAAACAAUCUUGGCAAGUAAUAAAACAUGUCCAUCAUACCAAAGCCAUCGACACUCUGACGGAGGGGAAAUGGACAUCUUUCCAAUAACCGCAGUUCAGUCAGAUGUUUCAUCAUCUACAGACCAUGACUACUGUUCCUCAACAGAGCAAACAAACUCAAGCCCAUCUGCUUUACUUGCUGAGAAACUUCACAGCCUGGCGGAAAAAGUGAAGUUACUUACAAAUAUUGAAACAGAACAAUUAAACACUACCUCAAAGGUCUUGGACUAUGUUGAAUACUCUAUUACCGGGAGGAUUGAAGAGGAAAGACUGACGGAUGCCGUGAUGGCCCUGUUUCAAACUCAUUUUAAGAGCUACUCCAUCUACUCAAGCAGUCUGCUAAAGGCAGUGGCAGGUUGGCUUGGCCAGCAGUUCAAUGCAGCCAACAGCACCAUAAGCCAUCGGGUUGAAGGUUUUAAGGCCCAACACAUUGAACACAUUACGAACUUGCCACCACCAGAGGAGCUGGCAACUGAACUUUUCCCAGAGGCAAUGCGGAAUCUUCUUGCACACUGGAUGGGACUGAGUGACGAGGCAGAAAACUGGAAACGACACAGCGAAUACCCCAUUUUAUUGCUUAUCCUAGAAUUUGCCAAUCACAAUCUUAUCACUGGAGUGGCCCAUGUAUUGUAUUCCAGUCUAAUAUGCAAAUAAGUAUAGUUGUUUGCAUAUUAUGUCAGUUAUACAUUAUAUGUCAUGAAGGUGCCAUUUUUAUAGCUGUAUAGCCUUAAAAUUAUUCCAAAUAAACAGUUUACCAUUAAAAGUCAAAUGUUUUUUAUGUCUUUUCCACACAUGUUGAGGGCACAAAUGUAGCAUUUGGUUAUACAAGGAAUAAAAAGAGAGCAGUCUUGUGAUUUUUAACCAAAUUUUUAAGAAUUUAAAAGGAAAAUCUUUCAUAGUAAAUAUCUUAAUAUUUUUCACUUGAAGAUAUAGCUUCACAUCCUUUUUGCCAGCUUUUAAGAUUUUUGUAACCGUGCAUACUUUGUUGAUUCACAAGGUAGUAAAGAAAAACUGCAUAAACACAACAGACCGGUGUAGUGACAAAUUGGGUCCCCCCGAAAUCAGGUCUCCAUUAGGACCCCAUGCAAUCCCAUUGGUUCAAAUGGCUUUUAAUAGGUACUCUCUUUAGCACCUGUUUACAAUUCCUACAAAAUUAUGUUAUGUUAAACCAAAGACUAUAGAAUAACACAAGACGCAUCACUCGUAUUGUUUUGAAUAGGAGAAAGUGCAACGCGUAAUAUGGCGGAAUAAGUCCCGCCUUCAAAAUAAGAGCCAAUCGCCCAUUGGUAAAGUCAUCGAGUCACUGCAGCGGCCGUUAGAAGCUCCGGUUCCUAUAGAAACAGUCAGACGCGCGCCUCCGAAAUGAGGCACAAGAGACGCGCAUUUAGGACUGUGCAUGCGCAUUAGCUUGAAAAAUACCGUUUUUUGUCAUGAUUCGAGCGUUUAGAAACAAAAUUUAUGAGACAGGUGUUGUCAGAUUUCAGUGAAAUGACUUGUCUUAAAGGGAUUUUGGUUAAACACUAGGUGCGUCCCAAUUCGCAUACUUAUGCACUAUUCUAUGACGUUUUUAAGUACAAACAGUGCGAGUAGUGCGUUCACACAAAAUUCCAAAAAGAAAAAGUGCACUUUAAAUACCCGGAUGAUGCACUAAAGUAACGGAAAAAACGAAGUGUGGAAUGUUGGACACUUCAUGCACUCAACUGCAUCGUGGCGAGAGAUUGCUCAAAACUGCGCAUGCGUUGAACGCCGGUGUACGUGUAUGAGUCAAGUGAAGUAUACUUUGCAAGGCUGUCUGUUAGCGUACGCGUAAAUGAAGUAGGCAUAACAGGGCUUCAGAGGCAGUAUCGCUGUUUUCAGCAAUGAAAACAGGCACAAUCCAAAUAGAGUUGCAACUGGCCCACCAAACAGACUAACUAAACAUGGGGAAGGAGAGGAGCAAAGAAAGCGCAAGUAACAAACCUGCAAAGGAAACUGUACAGUCUGAUGGAAUAUCAACCUUUUUUUCAGAAGGAACCUAAUAUGGAAGAUAUAGAGAUGUUCCAAUACAGUCAAACCAAAAACAAACCAUAUCCAUUAAACCAGGAACAUAACCUGAUAUGAAUAAAUAAGUUUGUUUGAUCUACCAAAGGUACUAACAAAUGUUGGCUUGUACUAACAGCUGCUGGCUGUCAGGGCAUUCUGUAGAUGCAGACCAGAAUAAUCACCUCCAUGACCAGUCCAUUCAAAAAAGUUUGAGUCUAGAUAGAGCGGUCAUCUCCAUUAUGACUGAAGCACAAAAUUGCGAGAGAAUGCAUCAUGUAGCAGCUGAAAAUGUAAUAACUGUACAUAAUGUAAGACAAAUCUUCAUAAUGUAAUUUUCUCAAAAUGUAAUAACAUUGUGAAUGCAGUUUUUUUUUUUUCAUUUUAUGAGAAAUGCAUAAUGAACUCACUUGUCAUGAAAUAAUGUUAGAAGGAAAAAUUCAUUUUGUAUGCAUUUUACAGUAAUCCAUAAUUAUAAUUUCCCACAAAAGUGCACUAAACUGAUGUAUUAUUAGUAUUAUACACUUCUAAUGAUAAUUACAAUAAUCAUGUAUAUUCAUAUUUAAAUGAGGCACUUCAGUUUGAAGAGUAUAUUGAAUGUUUUUCAAUUAGAUUUUGGAUUUUGAUUGUAACUAAAGGUGUUUAAUAACAAACAUUGUGAGGAAACAAUACUGAGUGUACAAAUAUAUGUUCACUGAAAUAAAAUCCAAGUCAGUUCACCCAUUAUUACUUUGUAUUUCAGAGAUUUACACUCAUGUUGAGCAAAAAUGUAUUGCAUUUAGGCCCAUUAUUACAUCUAGUAUCAAUUCAGGUUGUGUCCAUCUUUUUAACUUAAUGAUAAUAGGCUGGUCUUUUUGAGCAUCAGUUAGAUUACAUCGGCCAAAAUGUAAAAGUUAGGAAACUUUUAUUCAGGCACUCCCUAAUGACCACACUAAACGAGUGCAAAUUUGGCACAUUGCUGACCUUCAGCUGGAACACACACAGCAGCUACUUCUAAUUAUUUAUGUAGUUUGCAUAUUAAGUUAAAGUUGGCUAAACCUAACUAGGUUUAAAUUGCUUAUUAAAAAUCACAAGUAACAUUGCAAUAAACUAAGAUUGCAUUUGUACUGUUAAAAGUCAGGGUUUCAGCUGUUUCAAUCUCAAUUUCUCUGUGUAACAAGCCAAAUAUCAAAAACGUUUGAUCUUCAUUUAUGAGAAGUAUUUUACAAUACAUUUCUUUGUUUUAAGUGUGAAAUGUGUUGGUUCAUUUUUGUUGUUACUUAAACUAAUAAAAUGUCUGCCAUGUUAUUUUGUGUUCUUAAUAUAUUUAUGUAGUAACCAUUUUAUUAAAAGCAAAGCAUUCACAAUAUAGCAUCGCCCCUAUUACCCAAGGAAGAAACGACUUCACACCCCUUGGUCGUUGAUAUUUCAGGAAUCGCUAGCUUCAGAGAGUUUCAAUACAAACACAGUGAAAUAUACAAUCACAUUCCCCACCCAAAAUCCAAACGACAGCUUUACAAUAUUAAACACUUUUCAGAGACCAAGCAACGAUAUAUGUUUGAGCAAUCAACUGUAUUUACAUGUGAAUUUUGCAAAAUGAAUAAAACGACAGAUCUGAUGAAUUAUACAUGCAGGCUAAUGCACCAGCAUUCUCUACAAGCACGUACAAACCAGCUUUACA